CUCUGAGGGGAGCCCCUGGCGCGCGGCGCCUCUGAGGGCUGCGCGCGCCGCUUGUGAGAGCCGCGGCCGGCGCGCGCUGCCUCUGGGGGCGCGCGUCUCUUCUGAGGAGAGCGACGGGCGCGCGCUGCUUGUGAGGAGAGCGACGGGCGCGCGCCGCCCGUGAGGAGAGCGACGGGCGCGCGCCGCCCGUGAGGAGAGCGACGGGAGCGCGCCGCCCGUGAGGGGACCGACGGGAGCGCGUCCCUUCUGAGGAGAGCGACGGGGCCGCGCCGCGGGGCCGCGCCCAGGCCUCCCCUCCUCCAUCGCCCCGCGUGUGGAGCCCGUCGUCUCGCCCUCCCCCCCUAAGAUGGCCGAGGGCGGCCGGUGAGGGUUUCGGGCGGCGGGGAGCCAUGUCGGCGGCGGCGGGGGCGGCGGAGGAGCCGCUGGAGUCGGACUGGGUGGCCGUGCGGCCCCACGCCUUCGAGGAGCGGGAGAAGCACAAGUUCGUCUUCAUCGUCGCCUGGAACGAGGUGGAGGGCAAGUUCGCCAUCACCUGCCACAACCGCACGGCGCAGCGGCGGCGGAGCGGAUCCCGCGGGCCGGAGAAGAAGAAGAAGCAGCAGCAGGAGGAGGAGGAGGAGGAGGAAGAGGAGGGUGCGGAGGAGUGCAGCUGGGCCGGCCUCUUCUCCUUCCAGGACCUGCGCGCCGUGCACCGCCAGCUGUGCUCCGUGGAUUCGCGGCUGGGGCCCUGCCUGCCCGCCCUCCCCGAGGAGCCGUCGGGGCUGUGGAGCGUCCUGCUGGGCGGAGGGCCUCGCCUGCCCCGCCCCGAGGCCGACGGCCUCUGCCGCCGCCUGCAGCUCUACCUGGGACACGGGCUGGACGCCUGCGGCUGGAAGAUCCUGUCCCAGGUGCUCUUCUCCGAGCCCGACGACCCCGACGAGUACUACGACAGCCUCAGCCAGCUGAGGCACGACGGCUACCAGCAGGUCCUCGGGAGGGCCAGGGCCCGCAUCCAACAGCUGUUGGAACAACACAAGAACACCGAGAGCAUGGUGGAGCUUCUUGACUUGUACCAGCUGGAAGACGAGGCCUACGGCAGCCUGGCCGAAGCCACGACCGAGCUCUACCAGUACUUGCUGCAGCCCUUCCGAGACAUGCGGGAACUCGCUAUGCUCAGAAGACAGCAGAUUAAGAUUUCCAUGGAGAAUGACUACUUGGGUCCCCGAAGGAUUGAAAGCCUCCAAAAGGAAGACGCCGACUGGCAGCGCAAGGCCCACCUGGCUGUGUUGUCUAUUCAAGAUCUCACAGUCAAGUAUUUUGAAAUAACUGCCAAGGCUCAAAAAGCUGUUUACGAUCGGAUGAGAGCAGAUCAGAAAAAGUUCGGCAAGGCAGCGUGGGCGGCCGCGGCAGAACGUAUGGAAAAGCUCCAGUAUGCGGUUUCUAAGGAGACUCUGCAGAUGAUGAGAGCUAAAGAAAUCUGCUUAGAACAGAAGAAACAUGCACUCAAAGAAGAGAUGCAGAGUCUGCAAGGCGGCUCAGAAGCCCUGGCCGUGCUGGAUCAGUUGGAAGCUGACUAUUAUGACCUCCAGCUUCAGUUGUACGAAGUCCAGUUUGAGAUCCUGAAGUGCGAGGAGCUCUUGCUGACGGCACAACUCGAGAGCAUCAAAAGACUCGUGUCAGAGAAGAGAGAUGAAGUGGUGUACUACGAUACCUACGAAAGCAUGGAAGCAAUGCUCGAGAAGGAGGAGAUGGCAGCAUCCAUACUUCUCCAAAGAGAAGAACUGCAGAAACUCCAGCAGAAAGCCCGCCAGCUGGAAGCGAGACGCGGACGAGUUUCAGCCAAGAAAGCCUACCUCAGAAACAAAAAGGAGAUCUGUAUCGCAAAGCACAGUGAGAAAAUCCAGCAGCGCCUUCAAGGAGAGAGUGAACACAGGACACAUCACGCCGUGCAAUUAAAGCGAGACCUACUCCAAGAUGAAGAAGAAAGAAAGAGCACGUGGGUUAGCCAGGAAAGGCAGAAGACACUGGACAGGCUGCGCACGUUUAAACAGCGGUACCCUGGGCAGGUAAUACUGAAGUCCACCAGACUGCGACUUGCUCACGCAAGACGAAAAAGCGGCGCCAGCCCCAUGCCCUGUGAAGACCGGCCCCUGCCUUCACCAGCCACCCCCCAGAGCCAAGAAGACGUCCAAGAGGUGGACCAGGGGAGGAACGUGGUCCCGGCGCUCCAGACCCAGGAGUCCCAGAGACUGGCAGAGCUCGAAGAGCCCGGAGUAGCCCAACCCGAAGACUGUCCGUUACCUCUCGUGGACAUUACCUCCGAACUGGCGCACGCCACGUCCCUCCCUCUCCUUCCUAGCAGCGAGGGCGAACCGGGCCCCGAGGCCGCGGUUUCGCUCCCGGCCCCUCUGCCCCCAUCGCCCCCUCCGCCGCCCCCGCCGCCCCCUCCUCCGCCCCCGCCUCUGCCCACGAAGGAGGACGGCGCGGAGCCGCUGGACGGGGAGGCCAUCGGGCUGACCAAAACGGAGGGGGAGGAGAAGAGGAUCCCCAAGUCUGUCAGCGCCCCUUCAGCGCAUCUGUUCGACAGCAGUCAGCUGGUCAGUGCCAGGAAGAAGCUCAAGAAGACGGCAGAAGAUCUGCAGAGGAGGAGAGUGAGUUCCCCCAUGGAUGAAGUGUUGGCUUCCCUGAAGCGAGGCAGCUUUCACUUGAGAAAGGUGGAACAGAGGACACUGGCUCCUUUUCCCGACGAAGACGACAGCAACAAUAUCCUGGCCCAGAUCAGGAAAGGGGUGAAGCUGAAGAAGGUGCAGAAGGAGGCCCUGAGAGAAUCCUUCACCCUCCUGCCCGACACGGACCCCCUCACCCGCAGCAUCCACGAAGCACUUCGAAGGAUCAAGGAAGCGUCACCGGAGUCGGAAGACGAAGACGAAAGUUUGCCUUGCGCUGACUGGGAAAACUAAUGGGUGAUUGCACAGCCACUGAAAGGAGGGAAACCCAGCCCACAUACCUUGAAGACCAACCUCCGUGGUCCCUCUGGGAGAAGCCGCGAGCAGCUCGAGCGUGGAAUCGGGCGGCCCGGCCGGCCGGCCCAGCGGAUUUCGGGGGUGAGAAAAGCAAGCGUCACUUGCCCGUCAACCUUCAUUGUUUGGUCCAUUCCACCCGAUCGAGGCUGAACCAGUUUACACGUGCAAUGUCCCCAUAACCCGUCUGGGCCGGGCGAGGCCCUCUGGCCCCUCGCCCCAGAUUUUUAAAGCACUUCUCCCACCUCCGUCCGCCCAGAGGGGCCGGGUCAGCUGGAAGUCGGCGGCCCGUGGGACUGACCCACCGACCCUUCCUGGGAGUUCCGAACAACAGGCCCCGCCCCUACGUGCACUGAAAACCAAAAUAGCUUCUUCCACGCGGGCUCCCUUUUGACGGCGGGCCAGCCCAGAAAGACACGGGCUUUAUUUCCCCGGGCCUCGGGGAUCGAGACAUCCCGACGGACAGGCACCGAGGGAAUUUGCGUCCACCGGGGACCGGAAACACCGGCGAACGAUCACAGAGAUGCAGAGUUCGAAGUUUUCACGUGCGGCGACGGCACCUUCGCCGAAGGCCGGACGUCACAUCGUCUGACAUUUUUGUAUGCUUUUGAAGUACACCUCUCCAUUCCCUUCCAAUAGUCGUUCAGCAUUCUGAGUUUCUGGUCCUUUGAAACUUAGGUGCAACUCUCUUAUAAGAAGCAAUACUUUGUAAUUUGAUAAUACCUAAAAUUAUUUUUUUGUCCUUUAGUUUGACCUGCUCCUCCUUACUCGGAUCACGGCAACUUCUGACUUUCCUGUUCGGAAUGGAGGAGGAGAAUUUCUGUAAGGGAAUCGUAUUCACGCAGUAGUCAGUGGGUUUCUUUUCUUUCCGGGCCCACCAGCGCCCCUCUAAAGUAGACCCACGUAGCCUGCCUCGAUCUCCAGAAUUCGGGGAUGAGGAAAUCCUUUCCGUCUGUACGGUGUUCCGUGGCCCCGUCAAAAUCAUUUUCAUUGACUGACUGUUGGCUGCAGGCAGCUAGUCUUGCCUUACCUGAGUGCAGCUGAGCUAGCCCACGGAAGGAUGUGCCCUCCCUCCACCCCCCAACUCCCACCCCCAGCUCCUUCCCUUCCAAAAAGAAUUGGAACGCACAUCCUCUUCUUUUCAUUGGCAGGUUUUAUUCGCGGUUAUGCCACGUAGGUUUCCCCUUCCCUUCUUCUGGCAGGAAAACCCGUUUAUUGUUGUAAAAGAGUCGGUUUACAGAGACUAAGGCGAGAUGUGCGUAUCUGCCUAGCAGGCACCGGAAUUGUUGCCGGCUCCGUAACGGAGCGCGGAGGAGAUUUUAAUCCCCUUGCUUUCCAAAGGCAGGUCUGCUGCCGACGACGGCGGCAGUUGUCAGGUUGCGCCUCCCUUGCAGAAGUGGUGGUGAUGAGCGCGCCCCCGUCCCGCUCCCUUCCCCAUUUCUCCCCGCCGGUCCAGAGGAGCCCAUCGCGGGUGGCGUCUUUCCAGAGCGGCACUAGUUGAUUUCAGAGAGUUUUAGUUUCUCCACUAGAGUAAUAUUCACCUUGAGAAUAUAAAUUCUGACCCUGUUAACUUCCAUCUCCUUCUAGGGUCUGAAAAGCCCAGUUUGGGACACUGGACACUUAGAGAGCGUUUCAUUAAGCAUGAUUUUUAUUCUCAUUUUGAUUUGAUGAAUAUGCUUUUUACCUCCCCCACUCCUCGCCCCUGCCCAACAAAUCCCCAAUUUAGCUGAUUUGUGACCCUUCCGGAUAAAUCACAAGGGGAAUUUUAGGGUUCUAAAAUGACAUCAAUAGCACAAAGUGACCAGGAGUUAAUUUUAUAGGACUGAGUGAGAAUGCCGAUUUUGUGGUGAUCAGGUGUAAUGCAUAACUUGAUUUUGAGCCUGCAAAAUAAUUUAUACUAAUUCUGUGCACCCCCAACCCUCACUCCUCCCUCCCAAGCUCUCUCAGCGGGCUGUACUGAAUUGGUACGUACAAUUGGAGCUGGACCGGCAAGAGGCUAGAGUACCUACGUGUUACUAAACUACAAAGGUUGCCAUGUUUAUGUCUGACAAUGAUACUUCUGCUGACCUCUCUGCAUGAUUAAACAGGUUCUGCUGCUGCUAAUUUCGCAUUUUUCCAUAGCAAGAUCUCUGCUUCCCGAGGUCCAAACUGCAGAGUUAAAUAGGAAACCAAAUGUGUGAGGCUUUGGGCGGGGGCCUCGUUUUCCUCCUGGGGGCAGGGCCUGGCUGGUGGAAGGAGUCGGGGUGGGGGGAAGCUGAAACCCUUUAAGGGGUGGUCCCGUCCGUCCCCGUCCCCCCCGGCUGGGGUGUAGGAGUGGGGAGAUGUCUCCACCCCUGCCCCCACUCUGGCAGGAAGCAUGUUUAUCCGGAGUGAGGGGAUCCCGUCUAGGGACUUUGCGUUUCGGCUCAUCCUUGCCUAGCCGGAGCCCGGCACUCAGACGCGCCGCUCAGAUCUGCGGGGCUGAGCUACGAGACGACCACGGCCGCCGGCAAGGAGGCAACAGCCGAGUAGGAGACGGUAACGAACGCCACCUUUUAAAAUCAGAAACGGGACCGGCUCUAGGGUAGGUACCCUUAAAGACGCAUUUUUGGAUCGUUCUUAUUUUGCGUCUUCCGUGGUGGACCGUUUUAAGUCGGCAAAAGGGAUUUUUAAAAGAAGAAAAGAUAUUGUUGGGAAGUCUUACCUUUUCGCUCAGUGCACUUGACAGAGAAUGACCUUCUCUUUAAAGUUCUUACCGUGCUCUUAGAACAGCACCAUCGGGGAUUUGGGGUUUAAUCUGUUUCAGCUGAUUCUUGAAAAGAAUCAUUCUGCCUCUGAGUGCUGUCUGACUGGGGCAGGAGCACUUGGCUAAAUGUAAACAGUUGAUGAGAAGCAGAUACAAAGUAGUUGUUGCUGCUCUCCUGUAUGCUAUUGGUUGCACUGAGUUUUCAGAGAAGUGGAAGUUAGGGCCUCCUGUAUUCUAAGCACACAGUUUUCUUUUGGCAUUUAGAUGAUUUACCUGUGCUAUUUAAAAAAAAAACCUAAAAAAACAAAAAAAAAAAACCCCAAACCCCCCCCCCCCCCCCAGUCCCGUCUUUAUGGAAUGGAUGUGUCCCAAGCAAGCAAGAGAGGGGCAGCAGCUGCCUUGCUGAGCCUUUUUCAUCCACCGUUUAGAAGGGGCUCAAAGCCCACUUACCGAGCACUUGCCGAAUUAAAACCCCCGCCGUAUCGGGUAACCCCCCGUCUAAUCAAAAAGCUACAGAAUGAGUUUCAAAGUGCCGUGCCUAAAAUCCACUUAAGUAAAUGGUGGAUUUUUAAGGGGUAGGGGGAGAUAGAUACCAUUUCUUGUCUGUGGGUUGUGUUUGUAAGGUAUUUAUUCCUUUGCUUUGGCCCUUGAGUGAUUUUUUUUUGGCCCCGCUUCCUGACCGUCUGUCUUUCGAUCAAGAAUAUCUCUUAUCGCAAGUCCCGAAGAAGAGGAAAAAGUUAGGGAGCAUCGGCUUCUGUCAGAGGGGUGGACCCCAGCAGGGAGCAUUUUUUUCCCCACCAGGUGGAUCCCGUCUCUUGAGCGGGGAGGGGUGGCCGAGGCUGGACCGCUCUCGUCUAAGAUGCCCCAGGUUGGCUUUCUUUUACUUCACACCAAGGAGGAUCCCCCUCCCCACCCCUCUCGUACUACGCACAACAACUCACCCCUCCUCUGAGCUGCGGCAUGUCAGCCUCCCGGCCCAAUUUCUCACUGGACUGAGGUGUGAAACCACAAUUUGCAGUUUGGGAAGAAGAGCUGGAGGGCUCCAGCUCCUUUUGCAUGACUUAAGUCCAUUCGGGUAAUGAAACUGACCUGUUUUCAGCCUACCUGGAUCCAAGGAUAAAUUACUGGCAAACUGAUUCACCAUUCACUAGCUUUGUGCAAUAUUAUAAGAGUAGAGACAAGAACACUAGCACAUCGGGCUUGGCUUUAAUACGAAAGUUCUUUAACACAGUUAUAUCGAAGAGGACGUUUUAAAUGCACACACCGUAUUGUAAAUGUCAAGUCUUGCAAAUUUACGAUACCUAAUAACUGCUCAAUUAACAUUCUAAAGUAUUAAAGCAACCAAGUAUAAAAAAAACUAAGCAAGCAUUUAAAGCAAUACUAUGAACUCUACAAUAAUUGUUUUGACUGUUUCGCCUUUCUGCUCCUUUCCUUUAGUGCGACUUUUCCGCGAUGUGAUUUAUCGGACUGCUUUAGUUUUUCCAUGUUUUUUACUCUCAUGACUUCAGAGUGGAAACUUACACACCACCAAGAACCGCAACCACCUUUCUUCUGUAUAUGCAGUGUAACAACAUACUCACAGUUUUGGUGCUUAACAAUUAUUCCUUUGGUUUUGUUUUUUUUUUUCUUUAAUAAAAGAUAUUUAUUUGAAC